AUGUGUCUAGUCAAGCACCUCCUCUGCGGCAGCACCCACUGCCCGACCUUUCGCAAGUACUCGCCUCGACCGAAGGAGCUCCUCAUCCGCAAGACCACUCGCCGAAAAGAGCCGACAAUGUGUCUUAUCGAGACGAGAACCUACGUCGCAUCCGGCAAAUCCUACGAGUAUCUCCAUCGAUGUCCCCUCAGCGACGGUAGUCGCCCAUGCCACCACGAAACCCGCAAAGAGACCAUCAUCCAGGAUUCCAGGCCCUCCUCAGGCAGCUUCCGUCUCGACGGUGAUUCGCGCUUCUCCACCCCUCCAACCACCCAGCCUCCCACCCCCACAACAGCUGCUGUUGAGUACCGCGAGCCUGCGGGCCUAGAGCAGAGAUCGUCCAAGAGGACGUCCCGCUACGUCAACCCUGAAAUCAUCCUCGAAUUCGGAUCCAGCAAGCGCAAGUCCGCCGCCAAGAAGUACAACCGGCGCUCCGGCGAGUCGAGCUACUCCAGCAGCUCCGACCGUGUGGCCAUCAUGCCGCAGAGCCCGCUUCGAUCCCCUUACAGUCCACACUCUCCCUUCACCACGCCGCCAGAAGCACCCAACCCACCGCCCGCGGUGCCCAACUUCCCUAUGUAUACAACCGGUGCUUACCAGGGCUACUCAUCCUAUAAUACCGCAGCCACAUCCGCUUACACCACCCCCGCAAGCCCAUCCUACAACACCACAACCGCCGUCCCAGCCCUAGCGGACGCCCCACCCGCCAAAGGCACCAUAACAUACGCGUACCCGCCCCCUCUAGCCACGGCCCCCGGCUCCGGCGGCGCAGGAGGUCCGCCGCGCCCUCCCCGUACGAUAACCGCCGCCGCCGCGCCCGACGAGCCCUCCAAGUCUCCCAGCUCCGCCCGACAGCGCCGCACUGGUCUCCGGGUCUCCGUGACAAACACGCGGCCAACCGCGCCGCCCGAGUCAGCCACGGCAUCUCCGCACGACGAGGACGCCGACAUCCGCUUCCGCGACACCGGUCGUGAAGAGCUGCGACGACGGCACCGGCGAAGUCAGCAAGCGGCCGAGAAGGCGGCUGCUGAAGCAGAGGCGAGACGGGCCGCGCAGGAGGAAGCGGAGCGGGUGGAGCGGGAGGCGCAAGAAGACGCGCUGCGCGAGAAAGACCGCCUCACCGCACGCGAUACUCGGCGCAGAGAAGACGAGUGGACGCGGAAGGAAGCUGCGCGGCUCGCGGACCGUGAACGCCAGCGCGACGCCGAGCGGCGGAAGCGGGAUGCCCAGGAGCGACGGCGGCGGGACAGCGAAGCAGCCGCUAAGCGGGCGCGCGAGCAGGCAGCCAAAGAAGCCCGCGAAGCAGCCGCGCGCGACGAAGCCGAAGCCCAGCGCCGCCGCGAUGAGUACCACGACCUGCUCCGGCGGAUGGAGCGCGAGAAGGACGAAGCCGCGCGCUGGGCUGCGGAGGAGGAGGCGGAGAAGCGGCGGACGUUUAGCUUCGAGAGCCCGUCUAAGAAGCGCGAGCAGCGGCGCGAUUCCGACGCCGCCGCCGCCAGUCUGCGCCGCGAGAAACUGGCGGCCGAGAUCCGGCGCGCGGAGGCGGAUGUACGGCGCACGGAGGCGGAUGUCGCAUACUGGACUGCCAGAGCCGCCCGUGCGUCGGCGCCUAUGCCGGAGCCGGAGAGUCCGACUUUGUCGGGUUUGCGCUGGGGGAUGGGGAGGUUGGAUCUUGUGGAGCCGGAGCUGGCGUCGCCGCUGAGGGGAAGGGGUGGUGGAGGGAGGGGUGUGGUUGUGCAUUCGCCGGUGGAGGAGCCCCUGGGUGAGUCGUUGCGGGAGAGGGGGGAAAGGGUCAUAGCAAGGGAGAGGGUGAGGAGGGGGACUGGAAGCGGAGGUCCUUACUUAGAGGACGGCUGGAGGGGGACGGACAGGACGUAUCGAGGCUGA